AGCGCAGUCGUGAGGACGGGUCGUGUUGAUUUCAGAAGUCAUCAUGGCGCUCACGUCCCCAGUCAAAGAGCACCCGUAUAGCCAUCUAAUCGACCCACUGAAAGAUGGCGAGAUCAAGUUCUUCAAUCCACAGAAAUUAAAUGAUCCACGAUAUGACAAGCUGCCUCUGUCCAUCCGUGUCUUACUGGAGGCAGCAAUUCGUAACUGUGAUGGCCAUUACACUAAAGAGGAAGACGUCCAGAACAUUCUGGAUUGGCAGCAGCAGCAGAAUAAAGCAGAGGUGCCAUUUUCUCCAGCGCGAGUCCUUCUCCAGGACUUCACUGGGAUUCCUGCCAUGGUGGACCUGGCAGCCAUGAGGGAUGCCGUGGCAAAACAUGGCAUUGACCCUGGCCUGAUAAACCCUAAAUGCCCCACAGACCUCAUCGUAGACCACUCAUUACAGAUAGAUUAUAGCAAAUGUGCCAUACAGAAUGCUCCAAACCCAGGUGGAGGGGAUGGCCCAAACCAAAGCCAGGGUCCUUCCCGUUUCACACCCUCCAGGCCUCUGUCCAGAGGAGGCUCACAGUGUGGCAGCCAGCGGGGCUCCUGUAGCAAAGCUGUCUGCAGUGACCCUCCAGCCUCCUCAGGUCGUCCUCCUGCCUCUGUCCAGCAGAUUGAGAAUACACCUCUCCUCUGCCCUUUCCACCUGCAGCCUGUGUCUGAAACUGAAACGGCUCUGAAGAAUCAGGAAAUGGAACUGAUCAGAAACAAGGAGAGGCUUCAGUUCUUUAAGUGGUGUUCAAAAGCAUUUAAGAAUGUGAACGUGGUUCCUCCGGACGUUGGCACAGUCCACCAGGUGAAUCUGGAGUAUCUGUCCAGAGUGGUCCAGGUCAGCGACGGUUUCAUCUACCCUGACAGUGUGGUGGGAACUGAUUCACACACCACCAUGAUAAAUGGCCUGGGCAUCCUGGGCUGGGGUGUUGGUGGAAUCGAGUCAGAAGCCGUGAUGCUGGGCCAGCCAGUGUCUUUGACCCUUCCGCAGGUGGUGGGCUGUAAACUGGUGGGCUCCAUCAAUCCCCUGACCACCUCCAUAGACGUCGUCCUCGGUAUCACAAAGCACUUGCGGCAAGCUGGCAUCGCUGGAAAAUUUGUAGAGUUUUUUGGACCUGGUGUCUCCCAGCUAUCAGCUCCUGACCGAACCACCAUCGCCAACAUGUGUCCCGAGUACAACGCUACUGUCAGCUUCUUUCCUGUCGACCAAGUCACACUCAAGCACUUUAAAAAGACAAAUUUUGCCCAAGAAAAACUUGAAUUACUGGAGUCAUACAUGAAGGCUGUAAAACUCUUCCGAAGCUAUGAAGACCCCUCAGAAGACCCCCAGUAUUCUGAGGUGAUUGAGAUCAACCUGAGUUCCAUGGUGCCUUGUGUGAGUGGGCCGAAGAGGCCUCAGGACAGAGUGGCAGUCAGCAGCAUGAAAGAAGACUUCCAGAGUUGUCUUGAUGAGAAGGUUGGCUUCAAAGGCUUCCACAUCUCUAAGGAAAAGCAGGACAUCCGGGUUCCUUUCCUGCACGGUGGUCAGGAGUAUCAGCUGGAACACGGCUCGGUGGUCAUCGCUGCUGUUAUCAGCUGCACCAACAACUGCAACCCAUCUGUCAUGCUUACUGCAGGUCUACUGGCCAAAAAGGCUGUGGAGGCGGGGCUUGUUGUCAAGCCUUACAUUCGGACCAGUCUGGCUCCUGGAAGUGGCAUGGUCACUCACUACCUCAACACCAGUGGAGUCCUGCCUUACUUUAGCCAGCUUGGGUUUGAGGUGAUUGGUUACGGCUGUGCCACCUGUGUAGGGAACACGGCUCCGCUACCAGAAGCUGUCGUGGAUGCAGUCAAACAAGGGGACCUGGUGGCCUGCGGUGUGCUAUCUGGCAACAGGCACUUUGAAGGCCGCCUGUGUGACUGCGUGCGUGCCAACUACCUGGCCUCUCCUCCGCUGGUGAUUGCUUAUGCUCUUGCAGGCACUGUGGGAAUCGACUUUGAGAAAGAGCCUCUUGGUGUGACUUCAGAAGGGAAGGAGGUGUAUCUCCGUGACAUCUGGCCGUCCAGGGAGGAGGUCCAACUGACUGAAGAAGACACAGUCAUAUCCUCCAUUUUUAAGGAUCUCAGGGGAAGGAUGGAGCAAGGUAACACAUUUUGGAACAACAUUGAAUGUCCAGAUUCUGUGGUUUUCCCCUGGGAUCACAAGUCCACGUAUAUCCGUUCUCCUUCUUUCUUCAGCAAGUUGAGUAAAGAGGUGCCACCUCCUCAGUCGAUAGAGAACGCUCAUGUAUUACUGUUCCUCGGGGACAAAGUGACCACAGACCACAUCUCACCAGCGGGCAGCAUUGCCAGGGUCAGCGCCGCUGCCAAGUACCUGCUCAGCAAACGCCUGACACCGCGGGAGUUCAACUCAUACGGUGCUCGCAGAGGGAACGACGCAGUGAUGACCAGAGGCACGUUCGCCAGCAUCAAACUCCAAAAUCGAUUUAUCGGCAAACCAGGGCCUAAAACUUUGCACAUUCCUUCAGGCCAGACACUGGAUGUCUUUGAGGCAGCUGAACGCUAUCAGAGAGACGGCAUUCCCCUCAUCAUCCUGGCAGGCAAGGACUACGGCUCUGGAAACUCCAGGGACUGGGUAGCCAAAGGACCAUACCUGCUGGGGGUACGUGCGGUCAUCGCUGAGAGCUUUGAGAAGCUGCACAAGAACCAGCUGGUGGGAAUGGGCAUCAUGCCGCUCCAGUUCCUGCCCGGCCAGAACGCAGACUCACUUGAGCUCAGUGGGAAGGAGAGGUUCACCAUCACCGCGCCAGACAGCCUGAGUCCGAGGCAGCAGCUCACUGUCAAGACUAGCCAAGGAAAGUCCUUCUUCGUUACUGCACUGUUUGACACUGAGAUGGAAGUUAUAUUUUUCCGACACGGAGGGCUUCUUAGAUAUGUCGCUCGGACUUGGCUCUGAAACAACCUGCUGCACGACAGCCCAAGCCUACUGAACUACGUUCAUGAACAGCAGAUCUCAUCAUUUCACCAGUUUGUGUUCAGCAUGGGCAAAAAAAAACUGCUCAUCGGAGCAACAUAAAGGCUGAUGAAUUGUCUCUUUGAGCUGGAUGAAUGUCUCCAGACUUUUUGGGAGUCACGAGACGUCAGUGUUCAGACCUGUACCCGAACUGCUUCUCCGUCACUACACAUGCCAGUCUCUACAUUUCCAACAGCAGCGUUUCUCCUCACAAGACAGUCAAAACAAGCGCAGGAAGGAGUGGUGACAUUCAGUUUGCAGAGGGGGACAUUUCUUUCAUCGUGGAGUUGUGCCAAGAAGAAAUGAAUCCCGUGUGCUUCUAUUGUUUAAGUCAAGAAAAAAAUAACAACCCUGUCUAGAGAGGCUAACAUGGUGCUAGGUACUACAGCAUGAAUAUAUUGUUUUUAAGCGUGCAGUAAAGCUUGUUUUCCCAACAUCCAAGUAAAUUUUGUGAAUUGCAAAAAUUUGCAGAAUUGAUGUCACUUGCCCAUAGUUGUUAUUGGGGCCAAACAAUCUUAUGUAAAUGAAACUUCUGUUAAUAUUUCUUUAAUCAAAUUGCUAUUUGCAGAAAGUACAAUUGCCUCCUAAUACACUCAAUUUUUAUUAUGUGGAAAAUGUGAAAUCUUUUUUUUUUUUUUGCUGUUGGUUGUAUCAUUAAGCUCCCUACAUAAAGAUGUCUACAACGAACAGUCUUCUGCGUCACAUUAAAGGUAAAUGUUUUUCAGCCUAAAGAAACGGCAAAGUUCAAUCCACAAAGCUGCAGAUUCUGCUCUUCCAGAACAGGAGCAUUAUUUCUACUGCAUAUGUGAAAACGGCUGUAUAAAAGCCUUUUGAGCGCCAAAUCAGAUGGCCCCAAGUGGUCUCUUGAGUCAGCAUGAGGGCUAAAGACUUAAAGUUUGAAAAUGAAAAAAUCUGGGUAUGUCGAGUUAGAAAGAUGUGAGCAUACCAAAAACUCUGUAGCCCGCUCCUCAUCUCUGCAUAAGGCUACAUAAACCUCUAUUAGCUUAACACACCCGAACACUGUCUGCUUGCAGGUUGUGGGUAAUGUAGGUGCAAGGUUUUGUCAAAGAAGAAGAAUGCGUGGAAUAAAAAAUGUUAUCUGGUUUAGAAAAUGUUAAACCGGUGGAUUACCUACUUUUAAAGUUAGCCUCAGUCAAACAAGUUACAAUUACAGCAAAAUAAUAAAUAUUAUAACAGAAGUAAAGAAGAGUCAAAGUCCGCAAACCUGACUCAGCAAUUUCCAUUACACAGCAAUAUCUAACGUUUGCUAACAGUAGCUACUGGCCAUAUCAGACCAAGUAAAGCUUAAGCAGCAAAACCUCUACAUUGAACUUUGAAUUGAACUGAGAAUUGUGCAUUUUAUUGAUAAUUAUUUCUAUUACAACUAUUUCUGCUUUUAAAGUAAUAGUUCAACAUUUAUUUGGUGAAAUUUGUCAAUUUGCUCUCUGACAGAGAGUUAGAUGAAAAGAUUGAUAAUCACUUGUGUCUGUAUGCAAAAUAUGAAAAUUGUUUCCCUUGCACAGAGGAAGGCGAGCCGUUAUCCCUGUCCUCAGUCUUUGUCCUAAGCUAAGCGGCUGCUAGAUGUACCUCCAUAUUUAUGGUACAGUCAUGAAAGUGGUGUCAAUCGUCUCAUCUAACUACUCGACAAGAAAGUAAAUAACUAUUUCCCAAAAAUGUCAGACUUUUUGUUUAAACAGUCUCACUUUAACAACUGGACUCAUUAUUUGAUACCUCAUCCUGUCGCUGAAUGUGAUGUGGCAUUUUUACAUGUGAAGAUUAAAGCUGCAAGUGGAAGUGACAAGUGGAAUCAUCAUAACGCUUUCAUCACCUCGGUGCUUCUUGUGACACUGUACAACGGGGAUCAGUUCAUCUUCACCUCUGUCAGACUAAUUAAAUAUUGCAAAAGCUCCUUGCAUGAGGAGAUCAAAUCAGUCCUAGUGAGAAAUGAUGCUUUAUCAUUUACCAACUUUUGUUAAAUUGGACAAGAACCCUCCAUAUAAUACAGGUAUUCUUUAGUUUAUAUCCAUCACAAAUUACAAGUAUUGAGGUUCAUUCUGACAUCAUUCUUUUGUGUAAGCUGAGUAUGAUUUAAUUUGUGUGCAUGUUCAAACCAUCUUGACAUAGUAAAGAGUAUUGUGGAUUGGAGCCUUUAUGCAUUUAGAUUUUGUAGAGCACAUGGUAGUGCUGGCUGGCUGAAGUUAUUUAUCGAUAAACUAUUUUGUAAUAUGUUGAAAACAUUAACUGUGUGAAACUGUUGCAGAACUGUGUAGUUUUUUGUUAUUUUAAAGAGUGAACAAAGACAAUGUCUUGUCCAAUCUGCCAGAACAAGCAGCUGCCAUGUAAUGACAUGCGAAGAUCUGAUAGUUUUACUUCAUAUUACAGGACAUGUAGGGUUUUUCAGGUUCCUCAGCCUGGCCAGUCCAUCUUCACAGUUUGCCUUCUUAGUUUGAGCAGGUUGUUUUAGUUAGUUAUAUAUCUGGAUGGAACAACAUUUUGAACUGAAGUGUGCGGCAUUACAAUGUGAAAGCUGUACCUGUAAUAUCGUCAUCACGUGUAGCAGCUAACUGGUCUGUUGCUGCUGCUUCCCAUUGUCCCUAAGAUGUCUGUAACUCUGAAUUAGAUUGUACAUAGUUACUAAUAAAUGGUGAAGCAAA